CAAUGGAACUGGAAUCGCAAUUUAUUAGUUUGUCCACGAAAUUCCUUUUCAUCAAUUGCGGUGGUCAUUUUAAUGACUACAGAAAUGAGCUCAAUACAUUGCUUAACGAGCUUAACGGGCUGGACUACAAAAAUCAGCAAAUUAGCGACCUGAAAGCCCCAGUGCGCCUUGUGGAAUCCUUUGUCAAUAUUCCGUCGAAUGAGGAUACGUUGAUUGUUAAGGCAUGCUACCUAAUAAGAACGGUUAUUGUCAGGCAGAAUGUCGUCAUUCCCACUAAUAUAGCGGCAGGUCUGGUUGGGUGGUUGCUGAAGUGCUUGGAGCGAUGUUUUUACCAAGUAGUUUGCGAUGUUCUUGGAACCUUGCAAUUAUUAGUUAAGGACUGUAAGGAUCAUAUAGGACUUUUCGUUGAUUGUUUGCUCUCCAACAAUGGGAUUUUGAUUAACCUGCUAGCUGAUCCGAAUUACAGGCGUACGGAUAAGGGUAUCAAUUGUGAAAGUAGUUCUCCUGGGGAAAUUUAUCUGGCGACGAUGCUUUGUUUGGAAGCUACGUUAUCGGCAACGGAAGAUUCUGCGGAGGUUGAAAAAUAUAUUCCGUUGAUUGGGGAAUCGGUGUUAUCGAUUGCUUUCCGAAUCAAAAGCGAUAUCCUUCCGGAGCCUUCGUUCUACAGUCUGAUGAUAUCGGCUUUUAACUGCUUACGGCUGGUUUCAACGCGAGAUGAAAUCUGGCUUGUUGAGCACCUUGGCCAGUUGCUGGGCGUGUCUAGAGCUUACAUGAUGCAAGGCAUUCCGGGAAUAAAUCAAUUCGCCCCGCAAAAGGUGAUGAUCUCUCAGCAAGGUGUUCCCGAGCCGCAGCAUAUUCCGAUCAACAAAGGCGGCAAAGUUCCCAAGACUAGGAAGACGCGGACUCCUCUCAAGGGGAAAGGUGCUCGCUCAGGCGAAACUAGGAAGGUUCCCGCGAAAACCGGAGGUUCCACCUGGGAUGAUAACAGUCGUCAACCGUACUCGGAGCAGAGCUUGGUGCUGGAGGAGUCAAUAAGCAUAAAUGCAGGUUCGACGGCCUAUCGGACCAGUGAUUCUGACUUUUCGGAAAGUGAAUCGUCACGAGGCCAAAUUGAUCGCCACCGGCUUACAAAGUUACGAUUUUCGGCAAUAUCCCUGAUUGCAACAAUCGCUCAGCGAGUAGAAAAGAAAAUUAUGUUCGGAUAUUGGCAUUCGUUGUUUCCGGAUGAAAACCGAACACCGGCCACCGUUUCGCUUUUGAAUUGCGUACUGAAAGAUCCAUCACCCAAGUGCCGGAAAGUAGCAAUUCAAGCUACUUCGCAGCUACUGUACAGAUCGAAACCGUUCCUCAUACAGGCAGAAAGUAGCGAAAAGGCACCCGCCUCAUUCACGCCUUUUUCGAUCGCCUUAGGCAACAUGCUAAUUCAAAUGUAUGACAUGUUAACGCAAGCCCUAGCAGACGAAAGCGAUUAUUCCGUGCUGACGCAGAUUCUGAAAUGUUUGGCUGUCUUUAUCCAAGCAACGCCCUUCCAUCGACUGCGGAAUGGAAUUGUCACGAAGUUUGCGAGAUUCGUUAGAAUCUUGACACGUCACACCGACCCCUGCAUCAAAGUUGGUGCCUUAAUGGUGACGGGUUUCCUGAUUUCGGUCAGCGAAAUAACGCCGGAAAUCUCCACCCUAGUGGGAAUCUCAACAACAGGGAUAGUCAACAGAAACAGUGAAACUCGAAAGAAAAAUCCUAUGGAAGCGUUAAAUGUCCAAAUCGACGGUGAAGAGGAAGAAUUCAUCGUAUCCGAUGAUGAAGAUUUACCGUGUACCAGUGCUGACGGGGCACCGAUGGUGGAUGCCAGUAACUCGGUCAACGCACCCAACAUGUCUUGGCUGCUGCAAAUCGCAUUGGAAAACUUGGGAGUUACCGUCAACCAGCACAAACAGGCUCGCUCGUCUGCGGUGAUGCCCGUCCGUAUGGAGUGUCUGCAGAUUCUUUCGGCAAUGACCUCGCAUUACUCACUGCUGACGGAUCAUCUGGCACCGAUUGCGGAAGCCCUAAAGAGAACCUUCAAAGAUUCCGUUCCGGAGAUCAGACUCUACACGGCACGGGUGGCGGAUUUGCUGGGACAUGCCAUCAGUUCUUCGCUGUUGUUGAAAGCUACCAUCGGCCAAAAGGAACUGAGUGAUGCCGUAGAUUUCUGGACGGAAAUGCUACCAGCGAUAAGGGAACAGAUUCAGGAUGCCCAGCAAAGUCCAAUGUUGCGUACGGUCUGCUGCGACGCUUACGGUAAUCUGGGCGUUCAUGUGUACGAAAAACUGCCCCGUAACAGUCAGAUCGGACUGAUAUCGGUACUAACGGGCAGUACCUGCGAUGAGGACAGCGGAGUUAGUUCGGCCGCCGUCCGAGCUCUGUCGGUCUACACUCUGUUUCCUUCGUUGCGAGACAAUAUGUGCUAUAUUCAAAAUACGCUUGAAGCAAUUUUCCGAAUAAUAAAGGAUCCGAAUGUGGCUGCCCGCGUCAAAGCUAGCUGGUCGUUGGGGAACAUCACCGAUGCGAUGGUGCUAAAUAAUAACGAACCUGGCAUUGGGCGCGUCCAGGACGAUAUGUUGAAGCAGAUUCUACAGUCUGCCAUAGCCGCAGCCAAUGAUAACGAUAAAGUUCGCUGCAAUACUGUUCGGACCAUAGGAAAUGUGCUACGUAUUCUUCAACUAGAACCAUUAUCCCACGCCGUUUGGAUUCAACUAUGCCAGAAAGCGGUUGAAAAACUUAUGCAGAAUAUUCUUGCCACGAACAACGUGAAGGUUAAGUGGAACGCUUGCUACGCCAUCGGAAAUAUGAUGCGAAACGAGCUAAUGUUCACCGAAGGUCAGCGGAUCAACUGGCAGAACCAAAUAUUCCCCGCCCUGUGUCAAGUUGCAAUUAAUUCAAACAAUUUCAAAGUUAGAAUCAAUUCAGUUUCUGCCCUUUCCGUCAUUCAAAGCCGGUCGUAUUACGGCGGCUACUUCAUUCAAAUUUGGAGCUCUUUGCUGAAGGCUUUGGAACAAUCGGACAAUCUGAUCGACUACAAUGAGUACAAGCAUCGGGAUAAUCUGCAGGAACAGCUCUGCCUGUCGUUGUCCCAUUUCCUUGGACUGGCCGUGAGGGAGGAUCUUGUGGCAAUGGGCACCGAACUGCUGCCACUGUGCGAUACGGUUCGGCAGAACUGGGACAGAGUUCUCAACCGGAUAUUGCCGGAGAAGUCGGCCCGAUUGAUUGAGUCAAGCGUUAAGUUAAAGAGCCUGGAGCAAUCGUUGCAAAGCAUCGAAGCUCGGAAAGCGUAUGGGUUGAUUGUUAAAUGCUUUGGAAGCGAAGGACAUUAAGAUUUUUAUUUCGUAUUUAUUGUGUUC